AUGAAGGCGCGAGACAGCACGCUGCGAGUGCUUUCCAUCCAACACAUCGCACGCAGAACCAAGGUGCCCUUGCUUCUCCUCUCCACAGAUGUGGAGAAAGCGUCUGACCGGGUGGACUGGCACUUCCUCAUGCAUGCCCUACGAAGCUACGGUUUGGGGCCAAGUGGAAGGACUGUAUAUGUGCCUUGUACGACUCACCGAACGCACAGGUACGGGUCAAUGGAGCCUUGACGGACAGCUUCGCGAUACGUAAUGGCUUAGGGUUGCCUAUUCUCACUACUCCUAUACGCAUUAUCUCUGGAACCGCCACUGGAUACAGUGAGGCGCAGCAGAAAUAUUGAGGGCUUCCAUAGGCGCAAGACUCAAAAAGUUGCGGCAUAUACUGACGACCUGAUGUUUUUCGUCAUCAACCUGAGCUCAACCGUGCCGAACUUACUUAAACUGAUAGAGACAUAUGGAUCACUGGCAGGACUCAAGCUUAAUCUCUCCAAAUGUGAGGUGCUUGGCAUCUCCCAGUCCACCACACAUGCAAUACCUAGGAAUAUGGAUAACGGACGACCUCCUGGACCUCUACCAGAAGAAUUUUCUACCCCUGCUACACAAAUUACAACAAGAUCUCACGAAAGUGGCGUUACCCGCACAUUUCUUUGCUCGGCCGCAUGGCGGUUGCCAAAAUUAACAUUCUACAGCGGCUCCUGUACCUAUUUUAGACAGAUCCCUUCGAGAUCAAAAAUGCACUAUUACAUGCUACCUUAUCCCCGCUGA